AUGGCCUCUGUGUCAGGCACUUCUGUCGGUCGAAGCAUACCAGUCGAAGUGGAUGAAUCCAUGCCAUGGUCAGCACUUCCUGAACAUGUCCUGGAAAAGGCUCUGCAGCCUUCUGGAGAGGAUACGGCGGAUGAGGAGUCCCAGAGACUGUGUGUCGCUCGCACGCCUCAGCCUGUGGCAGAUCCACCAUGCCUCUGCAGAGCACCAGCAUGUCAUCAGUCAUCACCAUCCGUGGAGCCUGGCAGCAGCUUGUGGUCAAAAUACACCGAUACUGAUGGAAAUGGAUGCUUUUGUUCCCCCAAUGAAUUAAGAGCUGGAGUAGUUCCCUCCAAGAUGCAUCUUGUAGCUAUGGACAAACCAGGCAUGCAGCCAAGAUCACAGCUUUCAGCUGACACCAGGCCCAACUGCAGUAAAUCAGAGCAGAGCUUGUCUGAUGGUCCCAAAGACUCGCUGGAGGAGAGCAGCCAAGGGAGUUCGUGGUCACAGCAACCCUCGAGAAACAGACCACCAGCAGAGCUGGGGGCUGUGGAGAUGGGCUCCAACUCCCAGUCACAAGAUGUCAUGGGCAUCAGGCACCUGGAGCCCCCCUUACCACUGGAAUCAGUGCUGAACCCCCAGGACCUCCCAGGACCACUGAUCUCCAGGGAGUUUUUUGGACCGGAGCAUCAGCAGUGCCCCCUGUGCCAGCACUUGCCCCACCCCAACGCCUCCUCACAAGCUCACGGCUGCUUUGGGCACCGCUGCCUGGCAGAGCAGCACCCCCAGGCUCCGUAUGGCAGAGCUCCUUACCACCAUUUUGUACAUACAUCGCAACAGCUUCCUGCUGUUCCUGGACCUUGCAUGAGAGUUAUCCGCCCGGCCCAGCAAAUCAUCCCAAAUUACUCAAACCUUCAUGCACCCAAGGGCACUGGAGACCGACAACCCCAGAAGACAUGCACCUCCCCCUGUCCCCCUGGAUUCCCAAACCAGCUAUACAACCAGCUACCUAAUGGUAAGCUGCCCCCCAAGGCGUAUGGCCUGGAUGAAGCAUGCUCUUCUUGUGACAAUUUUGCGUCUCCAGCUGCUGUCCCGAGACCUCUCAGCAGCCCUGCAGCCAAGGGGACCCUGAGAACCAGCAAUUUGCCAGAGGAGUUGCGCAAGGUCUUUAUAACCUACUCGGUGGACACGGCAGUGGAGGUUAUGAAAUUUGUGAACUUCCUGCUUGUAAAUGGAUUUCAAACUGCUAUUGAUAUAUUUGAGGACACGGUACGAGGUAUUGACAUCAUUAAGUGGAUGGAGCGCUACCUAGGUGAUAAGACGGUGAUGAUAAUCAUAGCAAUCAGUCCAAAAUACAAACAGGAUGUGGAAGGGGCUGAGUCCCAGCUGGACAGAGAUGAACACGGCUUACAUACUAAAUACAUCCACAGGAUGAUGCAGAUUGAGUUUAUACAACAAGGAAGUAUGAACUUCAGAUUCAUCCCUGUGCUUUUUCCAAACGCCAGAAAGGAACACGUGCCUACCUGGCUGCAGAACACUCACAUUUAUAACUGGCCAAAGAAUAAGAAGAACAUCCUUCUGCGGUUACUGAGGGAGGAGGAAUACGUUGCUCCUCCAGUAGGACCUUUACCAACCCUCCAGGUUGUGCCAUUAUGAAGACUGUUACUUAAAGUGCACGCCAAGCAGUUGUUAAAAGGUUGUUCUUGGCAGGGAGACAGUGCUCUUCCAGAUGGCUCUUUCUGAUGACAGAAGACACUCUGUCUGCUAAAGGAAUUGGUUGUCUUGGGGAGCUCGGGCUUGGUUUGUAAUCUCUACCACGUUAAACAGCUGUUUCUGAAGCUGAUGGGGCAGAACUCAUUUUUAAAUAAGCUGCAAAUGGAAAAAAUGCCGAGUUUUAUUUUAACAUCCGUUUUCAACAUAUUGCUUUAUCAGUCAAUAUAGCAAACAAACAUCAGCAAUAAUGUUGC